AUGAGGCUGGUUCUGGUCCAACCCACCAAUGAGACGAGCCGCGUGGACUCGACGGUGGGGGCCUCCGCGGGCGCCGCACGCAGCACCGAGAGCGAGAGCGCGCCGAAGCGGCUCGGUUCGCAGCCCGCCGCACGCGACCAGCAGCAGGAGGAGGAGGAGGAGGCGGGGAUGCGGCAUCGAGACUCGCGCGCUGUGCGACAGCAGCGACCGCACGCAGCAUCGCCGCCCUCAUCCUCAGCAGCACCCUGUCCGUUUUACACCCUGCCGCCUCCACCGCCGCCGCCGCCGCCGUCUCACAGCGCGCGCGGACACCGGAAACCGCCCAGCGCCACCGGACAACUGCAGCGGGGCGGCGCACGAGAACCGUCAUCACCAUCAUCAUCACCAUCAUCACCAUCAUCAUCAUCACAAAGUCAAGGCGCCGACUCGAGUCUCGCGAACAGCCAGCGGCGCAACUGCACCGUCACUAAACCGUCGGCACGAGCUCCCGGUUCCGUUGCCCCGGACUGUCUCGGUGACCCCGCCUGGUGCGGCUCGCGAUUGGCGGAGGAUCAGUCUCGAGGGAACCGGUGGAGCAAACCUGCGCAUCGUGUCUCGUGCAGCUGCGGAAAAGAAGGCGGGUCGGUACCGGAAGAACAGCAACAACUGCAGCAGCCACAACAGGCGCGACAGCAGCAGCAGCAGAUCAGCAGCGGCGGCGGCAGCAACCCGUUCACCGCUCUGCUGCUGCUGCAGAACCCACCGGCACCUUCAGCAUCAGCAGCAGCAGCAUCACCACCGCCGCCGCCGCUCUCUGCAGCAUCAGCACCAGCGCAACAGCAUCCGCCGCCACCGCGCGCUCCCGCGGGCCAGCCGCCCGAAACCGCUGCCGCUCGCGCGCUCCCGGACCCGCAGGCGGCCCGGUUGCAGGUGCAGCAGCAGCGGCUCGUGAGGAGCAGUCUGCCCGAGAGCUGCGCGCGAGGAACACCGCACGAGCUGCGCGCGCAGCGGCCCUGUGGCAUACAACAACAACAACAACAACAACAACAGGGCGCGCGAGCGGAAUGGCACCGUGACGGAGACACGAACCCGAGCGCGGAGCCUCACAGGAACCAAGGGCAUCAGGUGAGUGCGGAUGGCAGCAGGCUGAGCCAUGCUUGGUCGCGCUCUUCGCUGUCGCCCAGCGGCCCCGCGCUCCCUCAGAUAGCCAUGAACAGCUGUAAGUACAAUGGCGGCGUGGUGAGACCGCUGGGCAGCAGGAACCUGGCUGAUCUGGACUCAGAGACGCAGCCGUUGCAGACGCUCCACACCUCCGGCCUUGAGGUCGUGGUGUCAAAGGGCAACGGUGACGAGCCGGGCAAGCCGCUGCGUGAGGAUGCCAGCAACGCUCCGCACAAACGGAACAAGGACAUCGGCUACAAGCUCGGCCAUCGGAGGGCGUUGUUUGAAAAGCGCAAGCGUCUCAGCGACUACGCCCUCAUCUUCGGCAUGUUUGGUAUCGUUGUCAUGGUGACGGAGACCGAGCUCUCAUGGGGGGUUUACACAAAGGAAUCCUCAUACUCAUUUGCACUGAAAUGCCUUAUCAGCCUUUCCACUCUAAUCCUCCUCGGUCUGAUUAUUAUGUAUCAUGCACGAGAAAUUCAGCUUUUCAUGGUGGACAACGGAGCGGACGACUGGCGGAUAGCCAUGACUUACGAGCGCAUUCUCUUCAUCGUGCUGGAGCUUCUGGUGUGUGCCAUCCACCCAAUCCCAGGACAGUACGUUUUCACAUGGACAGCGCGGUUGGCCUUCACAUACACGCCGUCUGUGGCUGACGCUGACGUGGACAUCAUCCUGUCCAUCCCCAUGUUCUUGCGCCUCUAUUUAAUCGGCCGCGUCAUGCUGCUGCACAGCAAACUGUUCACAGAUGCUUCGUCGCGCAGCAUUGGCGCCCUCAACAAGAUCAACUUCAACACACGCUUCGUCAUGAAGACCCUCAUGACCAUCUGCCCUGGCACCGUGUUGCUCGUCUUCAGCAUCUCCUCGUGGAUCAUCGCCGCCUGGACGGUGCGCGUGUGUGAAAGAUAUCACGAUAAACAGGAAGUGACGAGUAACUUCCUGGGUGCGAUGUGGUUGAUCUCCAUCACCUUCCUGUCCAUUGGUUAUGGAGACAUGGUGCCACACACCUACUGCGGGAAGGGAGUGUGUCUGCUGACGGGAAUCAUGGGGGCGGGCUGCACUGCACUGGUGGUCGCAGUGGUGGCCAGGAAGCUCGAGUUGACCAAGGCGGAGAAACAUGUUCAUAACUUUAUGAUGGACACUCAACUCUGCAAAAGAGUGAAGAACACGGCUGCUAACGUACUCAGGGAAACGUGGCUCAUCUACAAACACACCAAGCUCGUGAAGAAGAUCGACCACGCCAAGGUCAGGAAACACCAGCGCAAGUUCCUGCAGGCGAUCCACCAACUGCGCAGUGUGAAGAUGGAACAGAGGAAGCUGAAUGAUCAGGCCAACACACUCGUUGACUUAGCCAAGACCCAGAAUGUGAUGUAUGACCUGGUGUCAGAGCUGCAGGAGCGCAGUGAGGAGCUGGAUAAGCGGAUCGGUCAUUUGGAGGAGAAGCUGGACUCCAUUGCUCUGAGCGUCCAGUCUCUCCCUGAGCUGCUGAACCGAGCCAUAACGCAGCAGCAGCGCCACCUGCUGGACGGCCUCAUCCACCACUCCACACACUCCUCACACUCCUCACACACCAGCUCAGCAUCCGUGCGCCGCCGGAGGUCGCCGUCCACUGCUCCUCACACGUCCUCCGACAGCGGCUAACACACACACAUACACACAA